UGCCGCACGAUUGGUGGAGAUGCGCGCGCCGCUACCGAAUAUGGGACCGCGGCUCCAUUGAUAAAACUGCGGCGCGGGGUCGCGCGGCACCAGUCCCUUUCGCACCGGCCGCGUGAGAGGCCGUUUUCACGCUGGCGCUGUUCGUAAUACCGCUCGGCCCGUGGGCUGAGGAGCAGGUGGUGCCGGACGGCAUGGGCACCGACACGGAGCCGCCGACCGGCCCGCACCUUCUCUCGCUGGCGGACGUGGGCACACUCGGCUUCGACUGCGCGCUUAAGCCGGCGCCGGCGCCCUACGCCGGCGGCGCGCCCGCAGACCUCAACACGCCCGUCACCACGUCGGAUCUGCCGGCCUUCUUCCCGAGUCUGCUCGAACCUCCUCCUAUAUCAGGUGCGCCGACUCGCAAAUCACGCGCCGUAUCACUUCAGCCGUAGGCGGAACUCGCCCCCGUCGGUUUCCGACCGAUAACGUUGUAAAUAAACACUGCAUUUUCCGUCACUCGCCGUGAACACGCAAUCUUUUUCUGCUGCCCUGCGUAGUGUUGCAAAUAGUUAAAUAAUAAAUGAUCAUUAAUAAAGUGUUACUCGAGGAUCCAAGGCACAUGAGUGAACAAAAUGAAUUGACCGAUCGUUUGUUCAGCUGCAGUAGUUUUAUUAAACUCAGUGGUUUUAAGUAAUGUAGGUACAUGAUGGACGUAGUGAAAUGGAAAGUUCGCUAACCCGCGCUAUAGGGACGGGUCGAUACUGGAGCCGGGAAAUCUUGAAUGAAAAGUUUUCAUUGUCAUUUUGCGGCGGUUCGGUGUGCCUUUUAGCAGUGAUUGCUCCUUAGUGUUGUUAUGUGACAGUUCACUUGCAAAUCAUUUAUUUGUGUUGCCAACUUGUCCUGCCUGUGGUAAAUAUGCUUACCUACAUACCAGCCAAAAUAUUUAAAAAAAGUUAUUAAGUAUUUAAGGACUUAGGCAAUUUUGCUGUCCUCAAUUGUUAAAAUUUGAAUUGAAUAGUAAUUAUUUUCUAUAAAUGUUCAGCAAGCAAAUUUUAUCUUUUAAAUUCCUUAUUUUUAGUAUCAGCCACAAAUAUUUUUUAAAUCACUUUUCAAGCUUAGUGAGUAUUUAAUUAACCGCAAAAGUUUUGAUCAUCUUCAGA